AUGGAGUUAUUUCAGCCAAAUGUGGGGAAUAAUACUCAUGGCUAUUUUGCACACCCUGUGCUGACUCCGCAUUAUGAAAUCAAAACCAGUGUCAUUCAGCUGCUAAAGGAUAACUGCCAGUUCUAUGGGCUACCUAAUGAAGAUCGUAACGCACACCUCGCAAACUUUUUGGAAGUAUGCAGCACAUUCAAGAUCAGUAACAUGACGGAAGAUGAGGUGUGGUUGCUCCUAUUCCCAUUUUCUCUAAGGGAUAAGGCAAAACAAUGGAUCCAUGUUUUACCUAGAGCAGGCGUGAACACUUGGGCAGACUUGGCAAAGGCUUUCCUGAACAAAUACUUCUCUAUGGCAAAGACUGCAAAGCUGACAAGGCACAUUAUGCUCUAUCAGCAACUUGAUGGAGAGUCAGUACAUGAAGCGUGGGAGCGAAGUACUAUCGAUGCAGUUGCAGGAGGGUCUCUGAUGAGAAAAACAGCCGAUGAAGCAUUUGUCCUUUUAGAUGAGAUAGCAGUGAAUGGUUGUUUCUGGCUAAAGGAAAGAGAGAAAGCACCCGCACAGAGAGGGGUUAUGCCAGUUAGUGUUGGUCCUGCAGUGGAGGCCUUGAAAUUGAAGACUGCAGCACUGCAAAAUCAAGUGGAUUUUCUUACAAGGCAAGCUGUAGGAACCAACAUUAACAGUGUAGCUGCAAUUCAGAGUAACUGCGAGGUAUGUGGGGAACAUGGUCAUAUGUCGAAUGAAAGCUCCAUAUGGUCUCAGCCUAUCAAUGAGAAAGUCAACUUACAGCGACCACAAAGUGAUCCAUACGCAGUCACUUACAAUCAAGGAUGGAGGAAUCACCUGAAUUUAUCAUGGAAGGAUGAUGGGGGUAAUGCCAACAAUCAGGCAUGUCCAACUUUUCAAGGAGGACAGAGGCCACAACACAACCAGGGAAACUUCCAGAAUCAAGGGAACUUUCAGAAUCAGGGGAACUUCCAACAUCAGAACAACCGACCGCAGCAUCCACCUGGCUUUCAGCAGAGAGAGCAAGGCGAGUCUCUCCACAGCAAGUUUGAUAAGAUGAUGGAGAUGAUGAUGAAGAAGGAUGCUGAGACGCAGCAAACAUUCAAAAAUCAUGCUGCCACCAUCCAUAAUAUUGAGGUGCAGAAUCAGCAGAUGGCUAAGGCACUACAGUGCAGAAAUCAAGGGGGUUUACCAUCCACUACUAAGGACAACCCUAGAGAGCAUCUCAAGGCUAUUGAGUUGAGAAGUGGGAAAGCACUGGAUGAUCCAUAUGCAGGAUGUGCUAUAGUUGAGGCGGAAAAAGAAACAGUGUGA